UCCUCAGAUCCUGUCACCAUGGAAGUCCCCGCCAAAAGCCCAGAUGGGAGUGAGAAGUCACCCCAGUCCAAGGAGCUGCUGCCCAGUAACACAGCCAGCACCCUGUGCAUCAGCUCUCGGAGCGAGUCCGUCUGGACCAGUGAAUCCAGAAGCAAGUGGAACAUAUACCACAAGCCCAUCAUCGUCAUGUCUGUCGGAGCAGCUGUGUUCCUCUUCGGGGUGGUUAUCACCAGCCUGUCUUGCAUCGAAAUCAGCAACAAAGAUGUUUACAAAAUGUGUGGCCCAGCUUUGUUGUCCAUGGGACUGAUGCUCCUUGUCUGUGGACUUGUCUGGAUCCCCAUCAUUCGGAAGAAGCAGAAGCAGAGGCAGAAGUCACAGUUUCUGCAGAGACUCAAGUCUUUCUUCUUUAACCGCUGA